UUUAUAGAUUUUGCUGUGCCUAUGAUGUCGAAACACGACUCAGAGCACGCUCCCGAAUCGGGGAAACCGGAGCCGAAUCUCUCUCGUUGCUCCCGAGACAUUCUACCCCGACUCCUGACGGCGGCGCUUCGGAAACUGGGCGCCCGCGUUGGUCGGCACCCAUUUUGGUUCAUCGCCGCCACGAUGGUGUUGACGCUCAUCUACGGCUCUGCCAUUUUCCGCAACAUCGUCUACAUCACCAACAUUGAGUACUUGUACAUCCCGACGAACGCGGAGUCGUGGCACGACCGAGCCGUGUCCGAAGAGUUCUUCCACAUGAACUUUUCGGGCGAGUUCCAGCCCGACCGGUCGAGUCGGUUUGGCAGCUUUGCCCAUGUGCUUGUGUAUCCGAAAGAUGGCGGCACGGUGUUGCGACGGGAAUCGUUCGACGAAGUACUGCGAAUUGACGCGAUGAUUCGCAACAUCACCAUCCCGGGGCCCGGGCAAAAGCAGCCGGCGCUCAAGUACGCGGAUUUGUGUGCCAGAUGGGGCAAUGACUGCUUCCACACGGACGCCGUCAAGAUUGCCAACGUGGUGGACGAUGUGGAGGCGGGUCGGGUCAACCUGACGUUUCCGGUGUUCUUUGACGAGAAGGCGUUCGAUUAUAUCAUCUUGCCGGGCUCCAUUGGGAAGCCGGUGUUGGACGGGGAUGUGGUGCUGAGCACGCCGGCUGUCGGCAUGUACUUCAUCCUGAAGGCUGGCACACCUGACGAGCUGGCUUUAGGUCGGGAGUGGGAAAAGGAGUUCGUGAGGCAGAUGCAGGCCAUUUCCAAGACGUCGUCCAUGGUUGACGUGUACUACGAGAGCCGGGACACGGUGGAACACGAGUUCGACUCUCUGAAGGACUUUGUGCCGCUCCAAGGCUUCCUUGCCGGCCUGAUUGUCUGCAUCUUCUCGGUCGUUUGCUGCAUGAUGACGGACUGGGUUCGAGCCAAGCCUAUGCUGGCCGUGUUCGGAGUGGCGUCCACCGUGAUGGCGACCAUCACCGCCUUUGGCUUCCUCAUGUCGCUCGGAUACCCGGCCACGACGAUCCUGUGCAUUACGCCCUUUCUUAUGCUCGGGUGA